AUGACAACACCAGCACACACAGACAAUACCGAACAGCCGCACCUCACGUCAUCACGUGAAAGGAAAAAAGACGCCCACUCGAAGCCCUUUAAAGUUCAGCCAUUUCCACAAAGCAAGCCACAACUUCCUCUGAUGAAGAAGCACAUCGGCUACUGCUCGGGAGAUACUUCAGUUAAUAUCAAUACAUUUUUAUCAUUUUAUCGUACUGUUCCCAAUGAAAUGUUAGAGAUCAAGGUGAUCGCACAGUUAUUGAAGACAUUUUCUGUCAAAUGGGUUGGGCUCAUAUUAUCAGACGAUUAUACUGGCUACAGAGCAAGUGAAGAGUUAAAAAAAGUUAUCAACAACAUUGGCAGCUGUGUAGCUUUUUUGGAAGUUUUAUCAGUGAAAUAUAAUGAAUAUUUCAUUUUUUAUAGAGAUUAUAAAAUAAUGUCCACAAUUUGGCAAAGCUCUGCUCAAGUUAUUGUCAUUUUCCUGGGUGGAGGAAAUAUAGAAAGAUUUUAUUUUGAAAUGUAUUCACAUAAAUUCCCAAAUAAACUCUGGAUAACAUCUUCAUUCUUCAUAACAUUAAAAGAUUUUGGAGGAAGUGAAUUAUUAUAUACCUUUAAUGGCACAAUUUCUGUUGCUGUUCAUCAAGAAGAAAUUCUAGGAUUUAGGGAAUUUUUAUACAAACUGAAACUAUCAAAUUAUCCAGAUGACAAAGAGUUUGAGAAUAUUUGGGAACUUCUUUUUGACUGCUCGAUAAAUUAUCCUUCUUACAGAAAGCCACAAUGCACAGGGAAUGAAUCUUUGGGUAACACGGAGUUAUUCUCAAAUGGCAAUUUGGAUUUCAGAACCCCUUAUAGAGUUUACACUGCGGUAUAUGCACUGGCUCAUGCACUACAUGACAUGCACGUGCACCAAAAUAUAUUUGAUUUUUCAGAAGAAUUUGUUAUAUUCAAAAAUACAUUUCACCCAUGGCUGUUGAAUUUGUUUGUCAGAAAUGUGCGAUUCUCAAGCCCUUCGGGAGAUGAGAUGUAUUUUGAUAGCAACGGGGAUCCUCCUGGUCGCUUUGAUAUUGUAAAAACAUACUUCAUUAAACAUGACAUUCCAAAAAAAUAUAAACCAGUCACAAUAACAGUUGGGAGUUUUGACCAAUCAGCUCCUGUGGAAAAGCAGCUACAAAUAUACAAUACUACAGACUUGUGGGGACCAUAUUUUUCACAGACCCCUAUCUCAGUAUGCAGUAAUAGCUGUACUCCCGGAUAUCGUAUGUCUAAAAUAGAGGGGCAGCCAGAAUGCUGCUAUGACUGUGUCUUGUGCUCUGCAGGGGAAAUAUCUAAUACAACAGAUGCUGUAAACUGUAUAAUGUGCCCAGAAGAUCAGUGGUCUAAUAAAGAAAGAAACAGCUGCAUCCCUAAGGACAUAGAAUUUCUUUCUUUUACGGAACCUUUGGGUUGCAUCAUUACAUUCUUUGCUUUUCUACUUUCUCUAAUAACUGUUGCCAUUCUUGUGAUCUUUAUCAAGUACCGGAACACUCCAAUAGUGAAAGCCAAUAAUCGGCAUAUAAGCUGCAUUCUCCUAGUAUCUAUUACAAUCUGCUUCCUCUGCACCCUACUCUUCAUCGGUCAACCAACACAUAUAAGCUGUAUGCUUCGUCAGUCUGUGUUUGGGAUUGCUUUUACUGUUGCUUUAUCAUCUGUGUUGGCUAAAACUAUCACUGUUGUCAUUGCCUUUAAGGCCACAAAACCAAAUAGUAAGCUGAUAAAAUGGUUAGGACACAGACUUUCAAACAGUGUGGUUGUUAUUUGCUCUUUGGGAGAGACCAUGAUUUGUUUUGGUUGGUUAGUUUCUUUUCCUCCAUUCCCAGAAUCUGAUACUUAUAGUGAAUAUGGGAAGAUUAUUCUGGUGUGUAAUGAAGGUUCUGUCUCUAUGUUCUUCUGUGUAGUCUUCUAUAUGGGGAUUCUAGCUUCCUUGAGCUUUCUCAUUGCUUUUAUAGCUAAAGAUUUCCCAGAUAGGUUUAAUGAGGCUAAAAAUAUAACCUUCAGUAUGCUGUUAUUCUGUAGUGUGUGGAUAUCAUUCAUUCCUGCCUAUCUGAGCACAAAGGGUAGGAAGACUGUAGCUGUAGAGAUAUUUGCCAUCAUUGUUUCUGGGUCAGGUCUUCUAGGCUGUAUAUUUUUUCCCAAGUGCUACAUUAUUUAUAUUAGAUCAGAUCUAAACCCACAGCAAACUGUUCUUCGAAAAUGA